AUGAGACGGCUGUUCGAAGGCUUUCUUACGAACGAAGAUGAUAUGACUUGCCAGCAGAUUGAUGCCCUGGGCCCGUUGCCGGCUGAAUGGGAGGAAGCAUGGGCGGCACAUCGGAACAAGCUCGCCGAGGAUGGACAGCCAUUCAAGCGAGCCCAAUAUUUGCCAUGGGAUGAUCUCUUUGAGAGAAGAGUGCGGCGACCGCGGAUAGAGGAGGGGAUGUCGCCUCUUGAACCAAGUGAGCGAGACGCUCUUUUUGCAAUGUUGCGUUCGAUGCUGUCCUUCCGACCGGAGCAUCGUCCGUCUGCUCAGCAGGUUCUAGAGUCAGAAUGGACGGUGAAAUGGGCUUUGCCCGAGUACGAGAGGAUUGGCAAAACUCAACAAUAG